CUUGGCUACUGGUGGCAAACGAUAUGAUAACACCAUAUAUAUAUACAGGCUUGCAGAAUUUCGAGGACAUUCGGUAGGGCAUCAUGAAGAAUUUGCUGGUGUUUCUGGUGGUCGCUGUGGUGGGGGCGGCGUGUUUUGAUCUGUUUGAUACGGAAAACCUUAUCAAGUCAGAAGGAUACCACACAGAAACCCAUUAUGUAACCACUUCUGAUGGGUACGUACUUCAAGUCAACCGGAUUCCCUACCGAAGACAUGAGAGAUCAUCACACAAACACAACAGGCCGGUAGUGUUCCUAAUGCAUGGUCUUCUAGCCGCUUCCAACUCAUACGUCCUUCUGGGACACGAGAAUAGCUUAGCAUUUAACUUAGCGGACGCUGGUUUUGACGUGUGGAUGGGAAACGCGCGAGGCAACAGGAAUUCUCGCGCCCACGUCUCCCUCAACCCUGACCAUGCUCGGCAGAAGUUCGACUUUUUCGACUUCAGCUGGGAAGAGAUCGGAAUGAUUGAUGUUCCCGAAAUGAUCGACUAUGCGCUCAAACACACUGGCAGGGAGAAAUUGCACUACAUAGGACAUUCCCAAGGUGGAACCGCGUUCUUGGUGAUGAGCUCUAUGAGACCAGAGUAUAAUGAGAAGUUGGAGUCGGUUCAUCUUCUGGCUGGCGUUGGGUAUAUGAAGCACUUCCCUAACUCGCAAAUGUCCGGUCUUGCUGCGCUCUCUAAUGUUAUUUACAACUUCGCUUUGACCAUAGGCAUGGUGGAGUUAUUCCCUCCCAGCUCUGACUCCCGCAGCGUCGGCAGAUCUGCUGACUCUUGUACAGGAAACCUUGGAUACAACUACAUGUGCGACUUGACUGGCGUAGACCAAAUAGUGAGAGGUUCUGGUGAUUCCGAGGGCAUGUUCGGCAACUACGAGCCUGCAGGUGCCGCCAUCAAACAGAUAGCCCACUACGGUCAGAACAUCAAAGACAAGACCUUCCGGAGAUGGAACUUUGGCCUCCUCAAGAACCUUAGGAAGUACGGGUCUUCAUCCCCACCAAAAUAUAACUUAGGACUGAUUACAGCUGAUGUUACCAUGCAUUAUACAGUAAGCGACACCUUACUCGACCCAAGAGAUGUUUUAGCUAUGGCCGCUGAUAUGCCUAAUUGUAAGGUAAGGAAGGUAGCCAGAGAAGACUUCCAGCACGAGGAUUUCAUCGCAGCCAAAGACUCUAAGGAAUUAGUUAACGAAUACGUCAUUGAACAAAUAAAUGCAGUGUCUGGAUUUGGUCGCUAGUUCGAGAGAUCUAUUAAGCAAGGUUGAUUUCGGGUUAUCGCAAAUAGUUUAAUAUUUUAAAAAUAAACAGAAAACGUAAGCUGAUAGCGAUUUUUAUGAAAACUAAGACCUAUAUUAUAUAAGAAUUACGGUACGCGAAAUUUCAAAUCCAGCGGAAUUUAAAAUUAAUUGCAUAUACUUAUAUACUACUAUUAAAAUUGGUAAAUUAUAAUAAAAUUGUUUUCGUCAAAAGCCGGUAGCGGGUAGAUUAUCGACUACUAGUUAGAUAAGUUAUAUGAUAUUAAAGUCCUCAAUAAGGGAGAUACAUAGAAAUCAUUGAAUAAAAUAUGGUAACGGUGAAAUAUAUUUUAGCAUGAAAAGAUAUAGAGGUAUAGAAUUAAGGAAAACUUUAUCAAUGAUCUAUUUGCCCGGCAGCCAUGGUGAUGUUCAAUAAAAGUAAUAUUCAAAUAA